AAAAACAUUAAAACCACCGAACUUUUGUCCCAAAAAAAUAAAAAUAAAACCACCAAACUAAAUUUGUACUCCGUCAAAACCACGACAUUUCACUUCCUCCGUCUCCUUUACCUGCUCUGCUCUUCCUUUGCUUAUGGAUCCCUACAAGCACCGUCCUUCAAGUGCUUUCAAUUCCCCAUUCUGGACAACCAAUUCUGGUGCUCCAAUUUGGAACAACAACUCAUCACUUACUGUUGGACCCAGAGGUCCAAUCCUCCUUGAGGACUAUCAUCUGGUGGAAAAGCUUGCCAACUUUGACAGAGAGAGGAUUCCAGAACGUGUUGUCCAUGCUAGGGGAGCCAGUGCAAAGGGUUUCUUCGAGGUCACCCAUGACAUUUCUCAGCUUACAUGUGCAGAUUUUCUGCGAGCCCCUGGAGUUCAGACCCCUGUAAUUGUACGUUUCUCAACUGUCAUCCAUGAGCGUGGAAGCCCUGAAACCCUGAGGGAUCCACGUGGUUUUGCGGUGAAGUUUUACACCCGAGAGGGUAAUUUUGAUCUUGUUGGAAACAAUUUCCCGGUCUUUUUUAUUCGUGAUGGAAUGAAAUUCCCUGAUAUGGUCCAUGCUCUUAAGCCCAACCCCAAGUCUCACAUCCAGGAGAAUUGGAGGAUCCUUGAUUUCUUCUCACACCAUCCCGAGAGCUUGCACAUGUUCACUUUCCUGUUUGAUGACUUGGGUGUACCUCAAGAUUAUAGACACAUGGAAGGUUCUGGUGUGAAUACCUAUACUCUGAUAAACAAGGCUGGGAAAGCACACUAUGUGAAAUUCCACUGGAAGCCCACUUGUGGAGUCAAAUGCUUGCUAGAGGAAGAGGCAAUCAAGGUUGGAGGAUCUAAUCACAGCCAUGCCACUCAGGAUCUCUAUGACUCAAUUGCAGCUGGCAAUUAUCCUGAGUGGAAGCUUUUUAUCCAGACAAUCGACCCUGACCACGAACAAAGAUUCGACUUUGAUCCACUUGAUGUGACCAAGACCUGGCCUGAGGACAUCUUGCCCCUUCAGCCUGUUGGUCGCUUGGUUUUAAAUAAGAACAUUGACAACUUCUUUGCUGAAAAUGAACAGCUUGCAUUUUGCCCUGCCAUUGUGGUUCCUGGAAUUUAUUAUUCAGAUGACAAGUUGCUCCAGACUCGUGUCUUUUCCUACUCUGAUACCCAGAGGCACAGGCUUGGACCAAACUAUCUGCAGCUCCCGGCUAAUGCUCCCAAGUGUGCUCAUCACAACAAUCACCAUGAAGGUUUUAUGAAUUUUAUGCACAGGGAUGAGGAGAUAAAUUACUUCCCUUCAAGGUAUGAUCCUUCCCGUCAUGCUGAGAGGUUCCCUAUCCCUCCUGCUCUUUGCACUGGAAAGCGUGAGAAGUGCAUUAUUGAGAAGGAGAACAACUUCAAACAGCCUGGAGAGAGAUACCGGUCCUGGGCACCAGACAGGCAAGAGCGAUUCAUCAACCGCUGGGUUGAUGCCAUGUCUGAUCCACGUGUCACUCAUGAAAUCCGCAGCAUAUGGAUCACAUACUGGUCUCAGGCUGAUAAAUCGUUGGGUCAGAAGCUAGCAUCUCGUUUAAAUGUGAGGCCAAGCAUUUGAAAGGACUAUUGACCUGGAUGCUUUGGAGUUCCGCAGGGUAAGGACUGAAUUUAGAAACGUCCAUCUGGUUCUUUGGAAGUAUAAACUUAUUGAUCCUUUUGUUCUUGUGCCAUAUUGUAAUACCGAACAAGCUUGUAAUAAUAUUGGCUUUGUCGUGUCUUGCUGCAUGCUCCGACUAGAAAUAUGUUCUGAAAAGAUUAUAGCUAUGGUAAUGGGAAAUGGCAAACCUUAGAUUCCCCGCAGCACCAAAACUGGGAAUAUAGUAACAUCACUUGUAAAUUGUAAUAUCUUUCAACGUUCAAGCUUACUUUUACUGGCUUUGUUUAUUA